AUGACGCAUAGACCGUCUGUAACCUCUCCCGGCAGCCACAACAGCAUGGCCUCCUCCGUGUACACCGAACCCGCCCAGAACCUCCCCAGUCCCGAUAUUGACCGCGAGGUGCCGCGCAAGCCACGCACCGGGAACGGCGCGCCGGUAUCUAUGGCCACCAGCAGUGUCUACGGAGAAUUGCCGACCGGCGCGCACGCACACCCCAGCUACCGCGACAGCAUCAACACCAUUACCGCAGGGAAUGCAGCUUUGGUAAUCGACAGCGGUGCCAGCCAGGGAUAUUCCGACGAGGAAACCCCGCUUGAAGCGGACGAACCCAAGCUCAACGAGCACGUCUCAGCCCACGGAGCUAUCUAUCCCAUUCGGUCAUCGGCCACGGUAAACUCCUUCUACACCGCCAGCGAGGGAGGGAGCGAGGAUGACCGAGACCGCAUGGCGUCCAGCAACCCGUUACAGCCCCGGCCGUACUCUGACGCAUACGACAGCGACGACUCGGUGGCAACCACGAAAGAGACCCCGCCGGCGUUGCCUAGCGAAGCGUCCCUCUCGGCUAUCAACAAGCGGAUGUCGCAGAUGGACGCAUUCCGGGACUUGUCUAAAUCCCGGGACAGCUUCCAGUUCUACGACCAAACGCAGCAACCAUAUGAUGUGAACAUGGACACUACCUUGGACACUGGCGACUACACGUUGGAUGGCAACGGCCAGCUUGACAGCGACGGCGAGUCGUCGGUAUCCAUCUACGACGGCCAUAUUUCCCCCACCCGGCGCCACGAGUCGGUGGCGACGCAGGUCCUGAUGGUGAAGAAUGACGGGGUGACAAUCGUUGCUGGAUCACCGGUUGAGUCGUCGUCCGCGUUUUCCGUUGUCGGAGCACAGAAACCUCUGGAUUCCCAGACCCCAAGGGUGUUUGUGGUAUCGAAAGUGCAGCCGUUCAGUGUUUUCACGAAGGAUGAAAGGAUGAGGGGAAGGUACACAGAGAACGCCUCGGGUGAUUUGCACGAGCUCGAAACUCCCGUGAAGGUUGUCCAUGCCACGCGCGAUGUGACGCCCAAGGCCAGCUCCGUCUCUGAGUAUGACGGGGACUACGCCAUUCUGGGAACCACCCCGCCCAAGGUACAUCGCUAUUCGCACUCGCACGACUUGCGUAACGGCUUCGCACUCAGCACGCCGCGUACGACGAAAGGGAACACCGUGCCCAUUGACGAAAACGGGCCCGCAACCGGAAACUUGGAUGAGACCAUUGUGGGCCGCACGAACGAACUCUCUGCGCUUUUUUACACUGCGACACAUGCGUUCGACGCACUCAGUUUGAAGGCGGAGCUGGAUGCGUCCAUCUGUCUCUCGUUCAAGAAGGACGACAUUUGUUUCGUGCACUCGACGGACCCGUCCGGCUGGGGCGAAGUGACGUUGAUUCUCAACCUCCAACGCGGGUGGGUGCCGAUGAAUUACUUCCGCCACUGUAUUGAGUACGAGUAUGACAAGGUGGAGCGCCUUUCGCCGGGCGAGCUCGCGGCGUCGAAGCAGCCGCUCAAAUUGUUGUUUGCGGCGAGUGCAAAGUUUCUCCGCGAGCCGAUGUGUGUGCCGGUGGUAAAGCGAGUGCGCGUGCACGACGGCGAGGAGCGGGUUCCUGCGAUGACCUUUCCAACCAAGACGUUGAACUCCGUACGUGACGGUGUCCGGUCUUUGCUCGAGGAGACGGAGUGCAUCUCGCGGACAUCUGAAAUUGUCGCGAAGCGGCCUACUAUCAAGAAGAUCCGCAAGGUGUUGCUCGCCGACUGGUUUGAGUUGAUGCGCAGGGCGGUCGAGUACAAGUACACCACGAACACGGCCAAGGUUGACACGCUCCAGCGGUUGAUCUACCAAGUGUUGCGCAAGGCAGUGGCAUUCCUCGAUAUCUGGGGGAUCGAGGCGGACUUGGCGCAAUCGGAGGUGCAAUCCGCGCCCAAAAUUCUCGAACGCUCCAACACCAUGUCGAAGAUCCCGUACCUCAAAAAGCCGCCAUUUGUGCAGCCGCGCGUGACGGAGAUCCAUACGUUGUUGUUCAACUACCUCGGGUUAAUCAUUGGCCGUCUUGACUUGAUCGAGCAUAACCCCGUGGGAUGCGAGCUCUUGGAGAACAUUACGCAUCAGAUUAUCCUUCUUCUCCGCGAGUUGCUCUUCAUCAACAAGAUUGCGUCCGCAUCGCUCGAGCGGCUGCCGCCGGAGAUUGACAGUUCCUUGGACCUGUUGCUCUCGCUUGUGAGCGAGUUGGUGUCGGGGGUAAAGAAAUUGGUGGCCAAAACGGCACUGGAGCGCCGUGAGGGUGCAGACUUGGCGGUAAAGAGCGCGCCCAAGGGCAAGAAACACGAAAAGGCGCGCUCCACAUACUACUACACGGCCGAGGGGGGCAGUUUGAUCGAGGUGGCUGCAAAGAUGGUGCGCUCGGUUGCGCGCGCAAUUUACUCCAUCCGUCGCAUCUUUGAGGUCACAGGCGAUACGCAGUUGGAUGCCGCGCGCCAGUACCCGGACUUCUAUCGCCUCAAGAUCGACCCCGAGACGUUCAUCCGUAAAUGCUCUGUCGGGUUAUUGAGCACCAACGGCCAGCAGCAUAUUCGCGAGGUGGACAAGAUUCACCGCCGCUCCGCGCGCUACUCCACCAUCCGCAUGGGCAAGACCGGUGCGUUGGGUGUCAGUGCGGAUGGGGCGGCCAUCUUGAAUGCCUACCUUCCCGCCAUGGACUCCACGCCGUUUGUCAGCUCCGACGCGGUUUUCCAGCCCUUCACCACCGACUCGGCCACCAACUUCCCGCAUGACUACGAACGGGAGUUGUUGACCGACAAUGACGGCCAUUUGAUCGGGGGUUCCUUCCGGAGUUUGGUGUACACGCUCACGAAUGAAGCCAGCCCGCCGCAGUACUUUUUCAUCUCGUCGGUGUUGAUGACGUUCCGGAUCUUCAGCUCGGGGAUUGAUCUUGUCGAGGAGUUGAUUUCCCGCUUUGACAUUACUAACUCUGCCAACACUGAUGCUAUUCUGUUGAAUAAGCGUCGGAAGUUGAUCUGCGGCACGUUCCAGAUAUGGUUGGAGAGCUACUGGAACCACCAGUCGGACUACCCGCUUCUCUCCACGCUCAUCAACUUUUUCAACGAGGGGGUUUCGCUCUACCUCCCGCGCGAGUCAAGCGAGUUGAUCGAGGUGGCCGCGCGCUUGGCCUCGCGCCCGCCGGUGGAGAAUACCAAAGAUCGGUUCCUGCCGCGCGCGCAGUUCCAACUCGUAGAGCGUCGCAUCCGCGAGGUGAGUAAAGCCGACCGUAACUUAUCCAUGAUGUUGACGCGCAACUAUGCACGCUACUCGAUGGUGGACGGCUACGAGUUGGGUGCCAGCAGCAGCAGUAGCGUGGCGAUUCCGUUGGGGGUCACGUCUGCGGUCACGACGACCGCACCGCUCGUGACGCCCGCGCAGGUUGCAGCAGUCGAGAAGAUCAACAUGGGCUUCCGCACUAUCUUGGGCAAGAAAUGGUGUCCCGAGAAACUCCUUACGGCGCGCGUGUACGUGCCCGUGGAUCUUGACCUGAUGAUUACCAACUGGUACCGCAACUGCUACGAGACAUGGGUUCUCACCAACUAUCGUACGCACCUCCUCGACUUUAAUGCGCUUGAGCUUGCGAAGCAGCUCACGAUCAUCGAGUCGCGUCUCUUCUGUGCUAUUCGGCACGAGGAGUUGCUCAACGAGAACUUUGCGCCUAAGAAGCUUCACCUUAACCUCGCGCCACACGUUGCCCGCUCCGUCUUGUUCACCAACUGUCUCUCCGAAUACGUGCUUGAGUCGAUGUUACAGCCGGACUUUUCCAUGAAGCAGCGCGUCGCCAACAUGCAGGCGUGGCUCAAGGUGGCGGUCUCUUGUCUUUACCUCCGGAACUUUAACUCCCUCGCGGCGAUCAUUACGUCUUUGCAGUCGUUCUUGAUCAGCCGCUUGGGCGUUCUCUGGGACGACUUGCUGCAGAAGUAUACGGAUUUGUACGAAUACUUGAGCUCGAUCGUGAUCCCUGACAAGAACUACAGUAUUUACCGUGCCAAAUUGAAGACGUUCUUGAUCUCUUCCAAUAUUGAUCGUCUUCCGUUGGUGCCGUACGUGAGCUUGUUCUUGCAGGAUUUGACGUUUAUCGUGGAGGGCAAUCCCAACUACCGCAGUGCUGAGGGAGCCCUUGGGAAGUUGAUUAAUAUUGACAAGUACUUGAAGGCGACAAAGGUGAUUUCCGAUUUUGAGAGUCUCCAGGUGUCGUACGUGGAGGAUUAUAAGGGGAGGAUGACUCCUCCGGGCAGCGCGGGGCCAGAGGAGCGGUUAGAUAUUGCGCCGGUGCCCGCGUUGCAGGAGUUGGUGUUGUUGGAGUUGUGGAAGAUCAAGCAAUUGAACAUUAAGGAAGAUGACCGGGCGUGGAAGUUGAGUUGUUUGAUCCAACCGAGAGAGUAG